UGUCGCACUACGAAGACGACCGAGAUUCGGUCGUGUACUGCGUAGACUACGGUGAUUUGUCGUCUUCGUCGUCGUUCUGUUCUCGAAUCGAAACAGCAAGACACGAAACGGAAAGUUUUUUAAUUAUUUUCCGGUUAGGUGGAACUGAACAUCAAACGGGCGGGCGCGCGCGCGCGCGUUAGGUUUCGUCUGAACCAAUAAAAACCACUUGACCGACGAGCUCAGUGACCGCGGUAUAAAAUCGAAGCGAGAUACACACGUGACCGCUCGCGAUGUUCAGGUUGGCGUCGCGCGAACACCGUCUCCGGACGAGCGUAGCGUACACACGACGACUUCGGUCGGCCGACGUAAAGUCUCGGACCGUGGACGUUCCGACCGGGCCCAAAGUGUCGUACGAUUUGCUUCAAGUCGGCGUCCCGCGGGAGACGCGGACCAACGAGAAGAGGUAAUUUAGUUGCGUCGAAUAACAAAAUCAAUAAUACAAUAAUAUAAUUAUUAUACGUCGUAAUAUAUGUUUACAUAAGGCCGCAUUAUAUUAGGGCAUUUCGUUGAAUUUAUAUUUGUGUAUAUUAUAAUUAUUGUUAUUGUAUUUUUAGAGUUGCUCUGGUGCCAAAUUCCGUGGAACUUUUAAAAAAACACGGCUGGAAUGUGCGAGUGGAACACGAUGCAGGAACUGAAGCCAAGUUCAAAGAUCGAGACUAUGAAAUCGCUGGAGCUGAGAUCGUUUCAAAAGAAAGCGUAUUUCACUCAGGUUUGUUUGAAAAAAUUUUCAUCUUUUCGAUGGAGUAGACUUUUCAAAAAAAAUUUGUAUGCGGAGGGGAUAGACCACCAACACCCCCAAUUAGACAGCAUUGAGAAUGGUGUUUUUGAACAUAAUUUCAUUGGUAUUUAAUUUCCCGGCAAAUAUAGAAAAUCGUUUUAUUUUUGAUAUUUUUAACUUUCUGAAGCAUCUCUUUUAUUCCAUUCUUUGAACGGUUUUAACGGUUUUGUAUUUUUAGUUCACACGUUUAUCUUAAAUAAAAAUUAUUUUCAUAAUAAACUUUGAGUACUUAUCAAUUCUUAAGUAGGUAUACCUAUAGAUUUAAUAUCUAUUAAAUAACAAGUGAAAUAAUAUAAUCAUAGUGAAAAACAGAAUAUAAAAUAUUUCAAGCACUAGACAUAGAAAUAAUAGAUGUUGUGUUUCUAAAUAUAUUUUUAUUUAUUCGGAGAUGGUUUUUUACAAUAAACCCUAACAUAGAUUUUCUAUAUGUAGUUUAAUUUGGUAUAUUUUAUAAUGUAUUAGGUAUAAAUAUGAUUAUUGGUUAAAAUGUCAUUUGGUUGGUAAUUAUAACAUUUGUAUAUUAAUUAUAUUGAAACAAUAUAUAUAUAUUUUAAGACUACAAUUUAAAUAUCUCAAAAUUCGAUUGAAUCUAAUAUAGGUAUAUAUGAUAUAUAUUAUAUAUUAUAUAUCCAGUUUGUGUAUUAUGUCAUAAAAUCACAGUUUUAAGACAUUAUAUUUGUUUAAAUUAUUUGAAUUUAGUUGGAAAAAACUAAAUGUGCGCACAGUUGUUGGCGAGUUUUAAAUGAAAGGUACCUAUUCAAGUGUUUGACGCCUGGGUUCAAGGGUUUUUUUUUAAUUUAUCAACGAAUAUGUAUGAAAUACAUUAUCUAUAGAUACCGAGUGCGUAGUUAAUAGCAUAUAAAAUAGUUAAUUGGAAAUCAAUAAAUAUUAUUUAUUUUUAUUUUUUUUAUUGUUAAUAAUAUUAUAGAUAAAACAUUAUUACAUUGCCAUUAUCAUUCAGAUAAAAAGCAAAAUAUAUUUUGUUUUAAUUUUAUAGAUUGGCCAAGUUGUUUUCAUGAUAUUAGUAUAAGAUAAAAUAAAGAUCUAUUUUUAAAAAUAUGUUCUUAUAACAUGAAUUGGUAAUAUAAUAUUAUAUAAUAAUAAUAUAAUAUUGAUAUAAGCAUAAUCUACAUCAGCUUUUAUUGUGAUAUAACGUCCAACAGAUAAAAACAAUAAUAAAUUAUAACAAGGUUAAUACACCUUAACAUAAUAUAAUAAAAUCCAACUUAUUAAACACGAAUCUUAUUAAUUUAAAAACGAAAUAAAACUUAUCUAAUUUUUUUGGAGAUACUUAGAUUACUAUAAUAUAGACCUUUGAAAUCUUUUAAUCAUUAUAAAUAAUUUUAAUUUUUUCCUAUUAAUAAUAAUAACUUCGACAGGUUACUAAGCAAUUUCAAUGUCAAUAAAUUCUUUAAAAUUAAACUGUUAUUAAAAAAAAAUAAAUAAAUAAAAGGAAUAACCGGUACAGUAUAAUAAGGAACUAGACAUGUUUUAACUGGUUAACAAUUUUUAUCAGCUAGUUUCUAAGUUUAAUUUUGUCAUUCAAAUAUUCAAUAAUUUUUAAUUUUUAAGUAUGAACCUACAUUAUUUGGUUAAUUUUUAGCUUUAUAUUAUACAUUUAAUAUUACUAGUUAUUUUAAACUAUACAUAAAUAUAAUCAUGCGGUUUAUUAGUUAUUAACCUCUUUGUUUACUAUUCAAUUUUAAUUGGUAUUUUAAAACAUAUUUUAAUAUUUUCCUUUCCAAUCUGCCCAAAAAUAUUUUGUUCCCAUUAUAGAUUAAAAUACUAGAAAGAAAUCAUUUUAAAACAAAAUAUUGUACCUAUAAUAAAAUAGAACAAUUAAUGUAAUUUUCUAUUGUGAUUAUUGUGAUUUGUGAGUAAGAAUACAAAUGCUGACCACAGAAAACGAAUUUUAUAAUUUAUAUUGUUGUCCUUAAAAUCAACAAUGAAUGCAAAUUAUUUAAAUUGUUACAUUUAAAUGUAGCACUUGCUUUUACAAAUUUUCUACUAGCAAUUUUACAUAUAUAUAUAUUGUUGACAAAGCAUCACUAUCAACGAAAUUCCAUUCAGAAUCGUUAUUUCGUUAGUAAUGGUUUAUCGUUGCUUACAGAUAGGUAUACUUUAACUUACUUAUAACAAUGGCUGUACCCGUCUCUAUUAUUCUAGGACAAUUUUUUCAAUAUAAUAGUUAAUGUUUGUAAUGUCAUAAUUUAUGUAAUAUUUUAGAUUCCGAGCGUAGCGAGGGAGCUAUUGGUUUUACAAUGCUGUUUUUUUUUUUUUUUUUUUAUUCUAGUCUGUGGACACGUUUUUUUCUAGUAAACUUGAUCCUACUAGUUCCGUGAAGCAAAUUUUCUGAAAGUUCAAGUUGUCUAGAUCAUACUUUAGAGAAGCCAUUUUUUUAAUUUUCUACGCCAUUUUUUAAAUAAAAGCACCUAAGUGGGAAAAGACGUAGGAAAACGUAUAAUUUCACAAUUUCAUUAUUUUACAAAAACACAGACAACGUUUUCCACAAGAAAGAAUGAUUCGAUCGAAAAAUCACAAGACGCCUUUUUUGUUGCCUUUUUGAUUUACUUCUUACGGUAUCAUCGCCAAAAUAUUUAGCCACUUUUGAGCUUUUAAAGAAUUUUAUGUUUUGGGAAUUUUUUUUUGCUGUAAUUCGGUUAUAAAUACACGUAGAGACUCGAAAUUUGGUAAUACUUACAUUAGAUUUACCUAGAUGUGGUGAAAUUUCCAAUCAUCGUACGUCUUUUUCUCCUGUUUUUAAUAAGCGUUUUGAAAUCAAAUUCAAACAAAAAUCGCAAAAAAAAAAAAUACGGCACUUUAAAUUGUGUAUUACCGAACUACAUUCAGAAUCUUCUUCGUCAAGUAAUAGUUUAUCGUUGCUUAUAGGUAUAAAUAAAAUAACCUUAUGUAUCCUUCCCAAUUUUUUCCCUACAACAGUGGCCGCUCCCAUCUCCAGUAUCAGCUCUUUUUUAAAUUUGUAUUGUACUUUUUAUUAUAUUUAUACAGUACACUUUAUUUUAUACUGUAUACAUACUUUACAUAUAUUAAUAUUAUUAGUUAAUAUUGUGUACAAGGCCCAUACUAGAUCCCAUGACUCGUUAGAUAUUUCACAUUCUGACUUGGUGUUCAAAUUUAUACGAUCUUUAAAUAAUAAUAAUUUUCGAUGUUUAAUUUAAAAUUGUAUUUAUGUAUCCUCUUAAAUUGUUAUAACCUAUAAGUAACUUUAUAUAUUAGCAUCACCAUAAUUUAUAAUUAAAUUAUGUUGAUGUUAAAAUAUUCGCACUUGGAAAUAUUGGCAAAUAUAUAAAUGUGAAAUGUUAUUAUAAGGUUGUUAUUUUUUCAAGUUUAACACAUAAGUCAUGAUUAUUCAUAAUAUGUAGAUGAAAAUAUUAUUCUAUCUGAGCAUUUAAAUUGAUUUUAAAAUGUCUAACUAUACUUGUAUUUACAAUUUUAAAUACCUAGUUAAUUUAAAUUUUCAGACAUUGUUCUUAAGGUCAGAUAUCCUAUUCUCAAUGAAGUACCCCUAUUUAAAGACGGUUCCACUUUGAUUUCAUUUUUUUAUCCAGCAAAAAAUCAAGAUUUGAUCAAAGAACUGGCGAAAAAAAAAAUGAAUGUUUUUGGUAAAUUACAAAAAUAUAAUGAAUACAUAUUUUUAUAUUCAUAAACAGUAUAUAGUUUAUAUACAAUUUGUAUAAUACAUAUGUAUUUUACAGCAAUGGACUGCAUUCCUAGAAUAUCCAGAGCCCAAGGUUUCGAUGCACUGAGUUCUAUGUCAAAUGUAGCUGGUUACAGAGCAGUCAUUGAAGCUGCAAAUCAUUACCCCAGAUUUUUAUCCGGUAAAUUCAUCAUAACUAAAACAUAAUAUACUAAUUCUUUCAAAUGUUAUUAUUUAAAAUUAUAAUUAUAAAUUAUUUAUUUUAGGUCAAAUAACAGCAGCUGGAAAAUUACCACCAGCUAAAGUCUUUGUGAUAGGUGGUGGUGUAGCAGGUUUAGCAGCAAUUGCUCAGGCUAAGAAUAUGGGAGCCAUAGUUCGAGCGUUUGACACACGGUUUGCUGUCAAGGAACAAGUGGAAUCAUUAGGAGCACAAUUCUUAACAGUUUCUAUUCAGGUGGAUACUAUCUCUUAGUACUCAUAAUAUAUUCAUGUGUAAUUGGUCCCUAUUUCUCCAUUGAGUAGAAUAUUUAUUAAUUUUUGAUAUAUUUAUAGGAAGAUGGGUCAACUUCUGGAGGUUAUAGUAAAGAAAUGUCCAAAGAGUUUAUUGAAGCAGAAAUGGAUUUAUUUUCUAAGCAACUGAAAGAUGUGGAUAUUGUUAUUUCAACAGCAUUGAUUCCUGGAAAACCAGCACCCAAGUUAAUAUUAAAAGUAGGUACCUACUAUAUAUCUAAUGUAUUGGAUUCAUGUUAAAUAUUCAUAGCUACUAAAAUGUAGAUGACUUAUAUAGGAACACAUAGAAAGCAUGAAAUCUGGAAGUGUCGUAGUUGAUCUAGCUGCUGAAGCAGGAGGAAAUAUUGAAACAACCCGUGUUGGCGAAAUUUACACUUAUAAUGACGUCGUGCACAUAGGGAUAACAGAUUUGCCAUCUAAAUUGCCGUCUCAAAGCUCUUCGUUAUAUUCAAACAACAUAUCAAAAUUUUUACUAUCAAUAGGAAAUGACAAACAAUUUUGGAUUAAUUUAGAAGAUGAAGUAAUCAGAGGAAGUAUUGUUUUGAAAGUGGGAGAGUUAUUAUGGCCACCUCCAAAAUCUGCAAAACUUGACAUACCAGCAGAACAUAAAACCAUUUCAAAAGAAGUAAAAGUUAUACCUGUUAAUCAUCUCAGCAAGCACAUGAAAGAUUCAUUGGCUCUGACCACAGGCCUUGGUAGUUUACUAGCUCUCGGAUCAGUAUCACCUAAUCAUCAUUUCUCUAUUAUGACAUCAACUUUUUCCUUAGCUAGUAUUGCGGGUUAUUAUACAGUUUGGGGUAAUUAUAAUAUUAUUCUUUUAUUUUAUUUUUUUAAAAAUUUUAAAAUGCACAAUAUAUAUAUAUUUUUUUUUACAUUUUUAAUUUAGAUGUCACCCCUGCAUUGCAUUCACCGUUAAUGUCUGUGACUAAUGCCAUAUCAGGAAUUACAGCAGUUGGAGGUUUAUUAUUAAUGGAUGGAUCAUAUUAUCCUACAAAUGCAGUACAAGUAAAUAAUUUUAAUAUUUAUUUUUUCAUUUUAGUUGUAAUAUAUUAUUUUAUUGUUACCUAAUAAUAAUCUACAGGGAUUAGCUGCUACAGCUGCACUCGUAUCAUUUGUUAAUGUGUUUGGUGGAUUUAUAGUGACUGAACGAAUGCUACAAAUGUUUAAAAGGUAAUAUUUUUAAGAAAUUACUCUAGUCAAAAUAUUAUGAAUUUCAUUUCAAAUUAAAUGAGAAAUAAUGUAAAUAUAAACAAAUACAAGAAAUUUUGUUCAUAUUCCACGUUUAUAUCUAAUAUUAUUAAUUUUUAACAAAAAUUGAACUGUAAAACUUCCUAGUUGCCAAGUUAUAAUGUAAAAAGACACUUAAACUUGUUACCUACUUAUAGUUCUUCAAGUUCUUUUUAUUAAGUUAAUAAUACAGUAAGGAAAUUGAAUUUAAAAGGUACAGAUAUUGAUAGAAAUUUUAUUUGUAAAGAUGAGAAAGGUACGCUAUAGUGUUUGAGUAUAUCUUUGGUCCCAAGGAAAAAAUGCUUAUUUUUAGUUUAUUUUUAUUGUGCAAUUUUUGUUUGAUAUUCCAUGAUUGUUUGUUAUUCGUAAUUUUUUUCGAUAAAAUCGAUUUAAGCCUUUAUUGCUUAAGAUUAAAGAUAUAUUAAAAAUGCCAUUAUUUAUAACCAACAGCUAUUAUAUUUUAUACAAAUCAAAAUGUUGUUUUAAUAUUCUAUGUAGACCAGGUGAUCCUCCAGAAUAUAAUUCAUUAUAUUUUAUUCCGGCUUCUGUAUUCUCUGGUGGUUAUAUAUGGGGUGUUAUGAACGGUUUACCAGAAAUACACAAUUUUGCAGCUCUGGGGUCAUCUCUUUGCUGUAUUGGUGCUAUUGCUUCAUUAAGUUCACAAAAAACCGCACGUUUUGGAAAUAAUCUUGGAAUGGUCAGUAAUCUAUUAUAUACAACACAAUAUUUUUAGUUGAAUUGAUUUUUUUAAAAACUUUUUUUAGAUUGGAGUCAGUGGAGGUAUUGUCUCAACACUUGGCUAUAUCGCCCCAUCAACGGAAGUUUUGGUACAAAUGAUAGCAUGCACUGCUAUAGGUGGAACAAUUGGUUCAAUUAUUGCAAAACGAAUUCAAAUCACUGACCUACCACAACUUGUUGCUGGAUUUCAUAGGUAUACAUAAUAAAUCUUAUUUGAACAUAAAUAAUACAUUAUGUGUUUUUUUAUGUAUUUAUAGUCUCGUUGGUUUAGCUGCAGUGUUUACUUGCUUAGCUACAUUUAUGCACGAUUACUCGUUAUUUGCAACUGACCCAGCAGCGAAUAUUAUAAAGACAUCAUUAUACUUGGGCUCAUCAAUUGGUGGCAUUACUUUUAGUGGGUCAUUAAUUGCAUAUGGAAAAUUACAAGGCGUUUUGAGUUCAAAACCAUUAUUAUUUUCUGGAAGACAUGCAUUAAAUGUUGGACUACUUGCUGGAAAUUUGUCUUCCAUGGCGUAUUUUUUCUAUGAUCCAUCACUAUUUGGAGGUUUGGCUUCAUUGUCAUCUGCGACUGCAUUUUCAGCAGCUUUAGGACUAUCAUUGACGUCAUCUAUCGGAGGUAAUUUUUAUUUAAAUCUAUUACCAUUGAUUAUAGAAUCAAUCAAUGCUAUUACUAAAAUAACAUUAGAAAAUGUAUUAGUUAAUACUACAUUACUUCAAUCUGUAUGAUAUAUAGAUGAGAUUAUUGAUAUAUUUAUUUUAAAAUAAUUAUUUUGUGUUAAAACAAUUUUUUAGGAGCUGAUAUGCCUGUUGUGAUCACUGUGUUAAAUAGUUAUUCAGGUUGGGCAUUGUGUGCCGAAGGAUUCAUGUUAAAUAAUAAUUUAAUGACAAUUAUCGGAGCCUUAAUUGGCUCAUCAGGUGCUAUUUUGUCUUACAUUAUGUGUAAAGUUAGUAAUCUAGUUAUAUUGAAUUAAAAUAGUUAAAUAAUUAUUAAUUUACUUCUAGGCAAUGAAUCGUUCGCUCACUAGUGUCAUACUUGGUGGAUUUGGUAAUAAGCCUGUUAAAUCCAGUCAGCUGGCAGAAAUAGGCGGUAUACACACAGAAACAAAUGUUGACCAGGUAGCUGAUCUCUUGAAUAAUUCAAAAAAUAUUAUAAUUACACCAGGUGAGAUAAGACAAUUAAAAUUUGAUGAAUUAUGCACUUAGAUUCGAAAAUUAUACAUUUUUUCCCAUUUUUGAAAAUUCAUUUGUUUAAUAGUCAAUUAAUUAUUUUCAGGUUAUGGCUUGUGUGUUGCUAAAGCACAAUAUCCAUUGGCUGAAAUGAUUUCAAUUUUAAAGAAAAGUGGUAAAUCUGUACGUUUUGGUAUUCAUCCUGUAGCAGGUAUGCCAUCUUAGCUUUAAUUUAAAUAUAGCAAUUAAAUCAUAGAAUUUGUUUUUCUUAUUCUAAUAAAACCAAGUAAAUAUUCAAACUAAACGUCUUUAAUUUUAGGGCGCAUGCCUGGUCAGCUGAAUGUUUUAUUGGCAGAAGCCGGAAUACCUUACGAAGAUAUGUUAGAAAUGGACGAAAUCAAUGAUGAUUUUAAAAAAACUGAUUUAGUUUUAGUGGUUGGUGCUAAUGAUAUAGUUAAUUCUGGUGCCGAAGAUGAUCCAAAUUCUGUAAUUGCCGGAAUGCCCGUAUUAAAAGUCUGGAAUGCAAAUCAAGUAAAGCUAUUAGACUUAAAAAGUUAAGCAUUUAUUAACUAUAAAUUAUUAUUUAUUUUUGAGGUCAUUGUUAUGAAGCGAUCCUUGGGUUUUGGAUAUGCAGCAAUAGAAAAUCCAAUUUUCUACAAGCCAAACACCAAUAUGCUACUUGGAGAUGCUAAAUCAACUUGUGAACAACUUUUGGCCAAAAUUAAAAAUAGUCAAUAAAUACUACGUGCAUAUAUAUUAUAUGUAUCUUUAAUGUAAUUUAGGUAUACUUUUUUGUUUUAUUGAAUUAAGUUUUUAUAGUUUUAUGUUUAAAAAAUUUAAUUUUGUUUGUUGUACGUGUAGCUAUUAUUUUUCUCAACAUAAACUGCCGCGUCUCAUCUGAUCUAUACCCAAAGGCAUAAGAUUGUAUAAUAUGCAUUAUAAUUAUUAGAACCAAUUAUUUAAAUUAAAUUUGUUUGUUAAAAAUUAUCAAAAAAUGUUUUAAAUACCAACUUAAUUUAAUAAUUUUUAAGCUAUAGGGGCUGUAUCUAAUACAAAUUAAUUAUAAU